CAAAGAAGACCACAGGCUAUGACGCUCGUCCACCGUCAAAAUGCGGGCUCCCCGGAAAGUAUUAGUAUUUGCUUUUAAAGAAUAAAUCAAAUUUAUUCCGUUGGUAAAUCUUUAUAGUAACAUCAGAUGCGACACCGAUUCAGAAUCCUGGUCCUGCAGAAUGUCCAAGAUCAGGCGGAAGGUUACAGUGGAGAAUUCAAAAACAAUAUCCGAUAGCAGCACCAACACCGUAUCCAGCAGCACCAGCAACCCUGCCGCCCCCUCGCGGCGGCCCAGCGUGUUUGAAAGACUUGGCCCGAGCACCGGGGGUAGUAGUAAUGCUGCUGAUAGUCACUGUAGAAAUUGGCUGAAGACGGGAAACUGCAGUUACGGAAACACUUGUCGCUACACACAUGGAACUCAACCAAGAGGCAAAGGAUUUAAUUUCAGCCGGUCAGCAGAGAGACCCACCGGCGACUUGCGGGAGAGGAUGAAGAAUAAGAGACAGGACAAUGACCCAGACAGUGUAAAGCGUGAUUUGGAUGAGCCAGUAUCUCCCACAGAAAGACAGAGAGACUCCUCCAGGGGUCGACAUAGAGAGAAAGAUAUCAAAAUUACCAAGGAGCGUACUCCUGCUAGCGAAGAAGAGCCCGUCGAGUGGGAAACAAAUCGCGAAGACUCGGAUAUCGGUGAGUACGACUACGAGUUGUCACUCGAGAUGAAACGGCAGAAGAUUCAGCGGGAGCUGAUGAAGCUGGAGCAGGAGAACUUAGAGAAGAGAGAGGAAAUCAAGAAAGACGAGACACCCACCAAACCGAGAUCAACGGCCAUACAAAAAGCCUCCGCUGAGCCGUUACGAUCCCGAGACUCCUCCCCUCCACCCAGGAAGUCCAGUGGGUCCCCAAAACAAAAAAGUGGACUUAAAGGGUCAGGAAAGAAAGAGAAGAAGGCAUCUGGAUCUUCACCUGUGGCAGAAACCGCCAAAACGUCGAAAGGAUCCCACAGCAAAAAGAAAGGCCCUCGUACACCCAGUCCACCACCUCCGGUGCCUCUGGAUAUCCCCGUCGCUGUGAAGAAGCACAAAGGCAAGCAUAAGAACAAAGACAAGUGUGAAGAGAAGCAAAAAGAAGGCAAAGACCGGGGACGUGAUGCGGAAAAACACAAGGAGAAGAAAGAGAAACGCAGGGACCGAUCUGACAGUUCUCAUAAGGCAAAGCGCUCGGUGACCUCAGAGGAGCGUUCUGGUAGCGUGUCACCUUCACCCUCAGUGAGGAAGAAGUCCACGUCUCCCAAAGCUUCUUCACAUAAGGCCGCUCUACUACCGUCUCCUCCACGCAGGUCUCCAACACCUCCACGGCACCAGCGCACGCCCACACCGCCCCACAGGCGAGGCUCGCCGUCCUCCCGCUCCGACUCCUCCCCCCAGCGGCAUUCGCCUUCACCUCGCCGCCGCCGCUCGUCCUCUCCCACCUACCACCGCAGCUCCACAGUCGCGGCGGCCUCUUCUCUCCAGAGGUCCCAGCGCUCUCGCUCUCCCGCCACCUCUCAAGACGCCUCCUCCCCUCACCGCCGAUCGGCCAAAUCGAGCCCCGCUCUGCACCACUCGCGAGUGCGCGAGAGAAGCCGUGGCGAUAGGGAGAGGAGCCCGCACACUCUGGAGCGCAGACAAGAGCGCAGAGAUGAAAGCCGCAAGAAGGGCGAUAAGGACGGUAACCGCGACGACUGGGAUUUUGACUCGGAGCCGGUCUUGUCGAGGGACAGCCGCGACGACAGAGAGGCCAGGGAUGCCCGAGAGCGGCGGGAUGGCCGAGAUCGAGGACGCGAAAUGACCAGAGAGCCUCGCGACCGCAGAGACGCGAAGGAAGCCAGAGAAAGCAGGACGGAAACCCGCUCCAAUCGAGAGUCAUUGGAACGACGAGAUCGGGAGCGUGAGAAAGAGAGGGAACGGGAGAGAGAGCGGGAAAAAGAGAAAGAAAGGGACAGGAUGGACACGCUCAGAAAGGAGGAAACGGCCUCGGAGGACAGGAGUUAUGGAAGGGCUCACGGGCGUGAAGAAGGAGCAAGGGAAGGACGGACAGAGACCAGAACAGAUCGAAACAGCCGUGGGAGGGGACGUGAUUUCUCGGACAAAGGCUCGAACAGGAACUCAAGAGGGUGCCAGCUGGACAGCAGUCACGAUAACUGGGAGUCGCGAAGCGGCGCCGCACGUGAGCGGAGCGCAGAACGCAACGCCGCGGAAAGGAUUUCCGAUCGAGACAGACGAGGAGACCAGGUCCGAGACUCUUCCUACGACAGGAGAGGCGGCCACGGUGAAAGAGACCGCAGGGAUAAUCGCGAGAGAGCUUCUCCAAACAGACAUCAGAGAAGAUCGGAGGAGUCUGAGAGAGACGAACGAAGGGACGAGCGCAGAACGGACCGAGGGGAAGAAAGACGCGAGGACCGUACCAGAGACCGGGAGCGAGAGAGGGAGCGGGAGAGGGAACGGGAGAAAGAAAGAGAGCGGGAACGGGAGAGAGAGAAAGAGCGCGAAAAGGAGAGGGAAGCCGAGAGGGAGCGCACCCGGGAGCGCGAACGGGAACGAGAGAGGGAGCGAGAACGGGAGCGGGAAAGAGAGCGCGAAGAGCGGGAAAGGGAGAGGAAGGAGCGCGAACGGGAACGAGAGCAGCGGGAGCAGCGGGAGCGAGAGAGGCAGCGGGAAUGGGAGGAACGAGAGCGCGGAAGGGAGGAAAGGCGGGAGAGGAGGGAGGAUGCCCGAGAUGACCGCGCCGUUCGAGAGGCGAGGGACGAUCGCAAAACAAGUUCCCUCUUGCCUUCCAGCCGCAAGCGACCCAGGUUGGAGACCAGCCCCAGCCCCCGACCUUCGCCCAAGCGAGGGACGCGUGACCACAGUCCGGCAGACAGCGACGGCUACAACAGCGCGGAUGAGAAAAGUGAGCGUCCAAUUGGCCGAGGACUGGCCAAGCUCCACCCACAGCCCCUCCUCCCCAGCCCUGUGUGUCCACCUCCAAGUGACAGUGCAGAUAAGCAUCGCGUGCUCAGCCAGGUGGUGCGUCCCUUGGAGCCCCUGUUGCGUUCACCCUCGAGGCCCGCCGUGUCCGAUGACAAGCCGAGCCACUGGAAGGAUGAGGAGCGUCGAGGCGCUGCGGAGAAGAGGGAAGCGCGCGGUCGCCAUGAAGACCCGGAGCCCCGAAGCGAACGCAGCAGGGGAGGUGAGCGGCGGGCCGAUCAGCUGUCAGAUCCUCACCCGGACUCCCGCGGUCGAGGCAGAGACCUGCGAGACGCCACGCCGCCUCCGGUUUCUGUUGUGACUGGUGUUGACAACGAGGUCAAAGAGGUCGCUGUGUCACAGCCCCAAGAAGAAGGCAAAAAGAAAACCAAAGCACUGAGGAAGGGCAUAAAGAAAGGCCGCAAAGACGACGAUGCCGCCGCCGCCGCCACGUCUGCCGCCGGCAAAGGUCUAACCGGAGAGCGUUUCAUCCCCGAGCCCCCGCCUGCUACUUUGACAGAAGGGCCUCCAUCUUUGCUUUCACCAAGGAAGGGGGCAAAGAGGAAAGUGCUUGAGCGCAAGAGGAAACGCGGAGGAGAUUCGGAGGCAUCCGAGGAGGAUUCCUCAGUGCCUCAGCCCCACAACAAGAGGAAGCGAGGUCCUCGGACGCCGCCUCCCUCCAUGAGGCCGGGUCAUCGCGGCUCCGCGGGCAAUGCCGAAUCUGCCCAACUGUCUAAAAUGGACAACUUCAGCGACUGGUCCGAUGAGGAGGUCUCGGAUAGAGGAGGGCAAAUGGAUUCCGCUGAGCGCGCGCCGCCCGGGCCCCUCCGAAGAGGCGGUGGCCCCAGGUUGGGUCGAGAGCGCUGCAACCCGCCUCCCAUCGCCCCGCUGCUUCUGCAGGAUCCUCCGAUGCUGCUGCAGACUUUGACUCCGCAGCCCCUGAUGUCGCAGCCCCUUCUCCGCAAGCCUCCCCCGGAGCAGACGCGCAGCAGCAGCAUGGGAAGCAAUCAAAGCCGCACCUCGUCCAGGCGCCCGCGCUCGCCCUCCAACGAGUCGGCCCACCGAGAUGACCUGCCGGGCGCGCGUGCCCGCAGGGGCCGGCUUCAGCCCACCGCCACACAUGAACGGGAAAGGGAGAGAGAACGAGAGAGGCUUGCAAUGAGUGACCCGCCGGGGACGGAGAGGAAAUCACGGAUAGACCAGUUGAGGAGAGGCGAGCCGAGUCGCAGUACCUCUUCGGACCGCCAGGAUUCCCGCAGCCACAGCUCCAGGCGUAGCUCUCCCGAUUCCGAGAGGCAGGGCAGGUCGCAAUCUCGCGCCGGCUCCUACGACAGUCGCGAGCGGGAGCGCGACCGGGAGCAAUUCGAUCGGGAGCGCGAGAGAAAGGACAUCCGGCAACAGCAGCCGGGCCUGCUUCUCCAGCAACCUCUUCAACAGCAGAGAGACUGGGAUCCCGAAUCCAGGGACUGGCCCGGCAGGGGACGGGAGCCUCCGGCCAUCCGUCCCGGUCGUGAGCCCCUUCUGAGGGAGAGGGAGGCCCGGGACAGAGAACGCUUAUUGCCCGAGGGAAUCAUUCAGCAGCACGAGCGAGAGCGCGAGAAAGAGCGGGACAGGGACACCAAGGGUGAACGUGGCGGUGAUAGGGAGCGAUUGAUGAUGCUGGACUUGCCCCCCCACUGCGACUCCAGACCCGCCGUCCGGGGUGAUCCGUUGCGGCAAGACAGAGGUGACUACGAGCCCCUCCUGCCAAGAGAAGCUUUCAGCCCGCCCGACGCGGACAAACCCGGCAACAGCCACCACGCUGUGGCUGAGCAGUCUGAGACGGAGAGGAUGGACAGCAUUGAUGGAGAGGAUGAGGUGAAAGAAGACGACAGCCAGUCGGUGGCAUCUGUCGGAGAGGAGUAUGAACCGAUCAGUGAUGAUGAGCUCGAUGAAAUCCUGGCUGACAGUCAGAAAAAAGAGGACCAGCAGGAUGAGGAGAAAAUUACAGGCCCUCUGGACGUCAUUGACGUGGACUGGUCCAGUCUGAUGCCCAAACAGAAGCCGGAGCCCCGAGCGGCCGGUGCAGCUCUCCUGCGGUUCACCCCAGGGGCUGUUCUCCUCAGGGCGGGCGUCUCUAAGCGACUCGCUGGGACGGAACUCCUGGAGAAGGUCCGAGAAGUGUGCAAGGCAGAGCUGGAUGACCCCAAAGAUGCGGACAAGCUGUUCGAUCAUGACCUCGGGGCCUUGAACAUGGCAGCCCUGAACAGACGAGUGGAGAGGUCAAGCUUACUCAGCAACCUGGGACCCUGCUGCAAGGCUCUUUGUGCCCGCAGGGACCUGAGCAUCCGCAGGCAGCUUUUGAAAAAUGAUAAGGGCCUCACCAAACAGUAUCCCAUGAAUCCCGUGGUGGACAGCGACCUGCUGCAAAUGAGCAUGCGGCUUUUCCGGAGAACUGUGACUGGUCAGACUUCUGUCCAAGAAAGGACCAACGGUGGUUCCGACCCAACUCCCGAAGAUGCCCCGGCAGGCGGUAUCAGCAAGCUCCCUGCGGGACAGCCGGAGGUUUGUGUGUCAUGAGAUGCACGAGGUGGCUUUUAGUCGGGGAGCAUAUGAACAGAAUGACUUCUCCUUAUCCCGUUUCAUUGCAGACGUUCGUUUUGGUAGGAAAUAAAGCUAUGUUGGGAAUCACUAUUUACGUUCAAAAUAUUUUGCAUCGCCUGCAUGUUCCGUAUGUACUCAAAGGUUACAAGAAAUAUUUGGGGGGGGGGGGGGGGGAACGCUGUUCUGAUUUUUGUCUGUCACAAUUUCAAACAAUUUUCCUUAUUUACAAAUGGUGGAGGUAAUUGAGCAUUUCUGCUGAAGAAAAAGCAUCUUACAAACUAACACUGCUCAUUCUAAUCGCAACCUUGGAGUUUACCUCCGGAGGUCACCAACCUUGAUGGACCUGAUAAAUGCCUCUUGGGGACUGGCUAAUGUGAAGAGCUACCACUCUGAAAAAAAAAUAUUUACGUGUAAAUCACCUCACUUGGUCUUUUGGUUAUGCCCUCCAACUCUGACCUUUAAACUAUACAGUGUACCCAUUUGUUGUCGCGCCGUUUGCAUUCCAAUUCGGAAUUUCCCUCGGAACUUCCCAAUAUUGCAGCAAUAAGUGAAAUCCGCAAAGUGGAGGUUGAUUUUUAUUUUUUCCCCCUCCAAGCAUUACACGUUUUUUGUUCGGUUUUAGUUGACUUUGUUAGAUUGUGAUAAAUGCCUUUAUGAUUAAAUUGUUAUUUUCAUUUAUUAUCUUUUUUAAUUAUAUAUUUUCUUUUUUAAAUUUACAGUACUGUAUUUUUACUUUUUAAUGUUUUUUUAAAAUAUAUUUUUGCAUUUUAUUAUAAAUGAUUUAAGGUUACAUUUGGAUUACACACAAAAAAAUAUUGAAUAAGCAAAAUGUGAUCAUUCCAUACAACUCCAAAAAUACACCAUACCAAAUGAUUGGCACCCAUAACUUAAUAUUUGAGAUAUCCCUUCCUCUCUCUCUCUUUCGGAAUUCGACCCAGUAUUCUUUUGCCAGAUGCCCCAGACCUCAUGUUCUUUGUGUGCUUCUUUUCAAUUGCUGUUUUUAACUUCUCCAGUUGCUUUCUUAAGCCAUUUUCGGUGCUUUUUGAAGUCUGUUUUGAACCAUCGCCCUGCUCUAAGACCCAUGACCUCUUGGAGGCCUCGUUGAAUAUUUCAUAAACUACCGUGACUUGCAA